UUGACAAAGGAAGAAUUCACAACAUCUUUGCAAUCACUCAAGAGUUUGCUUAUUUUAGCAUAGUCCAAACGAAACAUACUCAAGUUAGUGUGAUAGUGAAGAUGGAUGUAAACUUAGGUAACUUGGAAGAGGAGGCGUUGAAGCGAAAACAGCGUCUUCGACAACUGAAACAGAAGCACGACGAACCAACUUUUGGCAACAUCACUGCUGAAAAAAGUGCAUGUUGCGUUCCUAAACCAAUAUUUCGAAAUUAUGAGCCCGUGAGCGAUCAAAUCAAUGAAGCCUCUCGUGAUGUCGAUGUAAAUGUUGUGGAUGUGGGAGUUGGUUUACAACUUGAGAUGAUGAAAACACCAAUUGUUAUUGAAGAGAUUGAUAUUGCUAAUUUGGCACCACGUAAACCUGACUGGGAUCUUAAAAGAGAUGUUUCUAAGAAGUUGGAAAAGCUUGAUCGUAGAACGCAGAAAGCGAUAGCUUCGUUAAUAAGGGAGAGGCUGAGGUCUGCACAAGAUCAAAAUGUACUCCUAGGUGUUAAUAUAUGACCAAUCGACGGUGGAGCAACCGAAUAAAACAUGAAAGAGCGAGAAUAAUAGCAGUGUCGAGUCGGUGCAAUGUACUAACAAAACGGGAU